CGCUGUGCGUUUGUUCGUAAUUGAUAAACAAAUAAGCUCCAUGCUUGACAGAUAAUAACAAAAACACAGAGGGUUUGUUUGAGACAAUGAGUGUUGUAGUCAUAUUUCUCCCCACAUUUUUGUAUGGAAGUGAUUCAGGACUACUUCAUGGUCUUUAUGUGCAGCAGAACACAGUAAAGGUUUUCUAUGUUACUCAUUUGACUAAAACUUGUCAUUCGGUGUCCAAGACGCCGAAACGGAAAAGAUGUAUUGGCUACUACGCAAGAACUAAUGAUAAUGAAUUUACGACACUUCCAAACGAAAAAGGAAAUUGGCUGAUGUUAAAUUUCCAAGAUCAUUCGGUUAUUCUGACAAAAUUAAUAAUAAGUGGGAACCCCGUCACAUUGAUGAAGGGGUGCCGUGUGAUAUGUGUGUUUUAUGAUUAUCAUAAAUUUUUUGCUUCAGAAAUCCUUUGUGAAGGGCUUGAGAGCCCUACUGGCUUCAGUUCGGAUUACUGCAGAUUUUUAGCGAAUUUCUUGAAGUUAGAUUCUGGAGCAAAUGCCCCUGAAAGCCCCAAGUGUUUGAAUUUUUUUGUCAGAGUAGCACAGAGAGCACGGCAAUAUUUGCUAGCUGUGGCCGCUUUUGUGACACCUGUCGUUAGACACACAUCAACAGGUUUACACUUGUGUGACAUCCUUAAUUCAGCUGCAUGGCUUUUUGGCCAUGUGGCGCAUUUCAAGAAACCGACACUUAAAAUGGGCAACUUCCUGUUGGCUCUCUUGAUAGAUGUCUUCUGUGGCCUUAUGUUAGUUCGUCUCAUUGUAGAACCGCUUACAGUGAACACUCCAUUUUCGAAAAUGCUUCUUGAUAUGGCUGAGGUCGUUGUCACUACACUCAGAGACUUGUUGCAUUGGCUGAUGGGUGUACCAGCCGGUUUGAAGCUGAACUAUGCAUUAAACAAUAUGCUAGGAAAAUUUUUCCUAUACCACAUAAAUCUUUGGUGGAUGUUUCUUGUUCUUUGUAAACCUUGUUUGGACUUGGCUGUUCAUAUGUUGACAUGGCUUGGAUGUUUAGGACUUACAUUCCAAAUAUGCCUACUGGCUGAUCUGCUAGAUCUUGUCAGUUUUCACGUAUACUGCAUAUAUGUUUAUGCUGCAAGGCUCUACAGUGUGCAACUGUCAGGUCUUGUUGCUUUGUGGCGGCUUUUCCUUGGCCGCAAGUGGAAUCCGUUGCGAGAGCGUGUUGAUUCCUGCAAAUAUUCGAAUGAUCAACUUUUUGUUGGAACUCUGGCAUUCACCAUUUUGCUCUUCCUUCUCCCAACAACGCUGAUGUACUAUGUUGUCUUCACAACGUUGCGUUUACUGGUGUUGAUAUUUAGAGGAGUCCUAGCUCAGUUCACUUGGUUACUGCGAGCAUUUCCAGCAUAUUCUACAAUUCUCUGGAUGACAAGAGCAACUACAGUCACAAGCUCCGUGCAGGUUUCAGUAUGUACAGAAAUAUCUGGAAAUGGUCCUCUCUAUCUUGCUGUUGAACCAGUAAUAGGUUCUUGGUGGUCAACAGUAGUUCGCGGUGUUCCUGAUUCGCUGCAACGUCCACCACCUGUGCAGUGGAGUCAGCUACUCAAACACUUAUGCACUGGAAGAUUGGUAUAUCCUGUUUAUAUUUUCUGAAACAGAUACUAUGUAUCUGUUAUUAAUGACUGUGAAAGUGAUGAUCCUGAUUACAAAGACAGUACCCAUCGUCUAAUUUUGGAGAGAAGAUAUGAGCUACACAGAACUGAGAUAAAAGGAACUACCGCCCACAUAUGCAGCUCUUUAGCAAGCAUCACAGACUAAGGCACCUGGAGGAGCAUCUUGGACACGACCUCUAUAAGUUAUUCAACCUGCUGAUGUCUGGUCGGAGCUGCUGGUGGUAGCAGUCAUUUGUGCAUGUGUGUUUGCUUGUGUGAAUGUGUGUGUGUUUUCUUUUGCUGAAGAAGGCUUUGACCAAAAGCUGCAAUGUGUAACAGUCUUUUAAUUGUGCCUAUCUGCAGCUCAGUGGAUCAUCUUUUUGAAAGGCAAUGAAGAGACUGACUGCCAGUGCAUUUUAAUAAUCCUUUCCAUCACCAUGGGCUGGCACAAAAGAAAUUGUACAGCUGGUGCCGACAGCUGAGGAAUAUGCUGAUUACUUCAUUACUUCUUGUGGCAUGCAAUCCUAUGAAGUUCAGAGUAUGAACUGCACAUGGAGAAAAAGCUGCCAUGGAUAAUGUCUCUAACUUUUUCUUGCGCACUUUUUAUUUGCCCUGCCAUAUUUGAUCCAUUAUCAAAUCACUGACUACAACAGGGCUGUAAAUCAAUUUCAUUUUUAUUAAA